AUGUCGGCGGGGUACGCGGCGAAGCUGUCGUACCGCGAGGACGUGGGGACCGUGGGGUCGCCGGAAUACGAGGAGUCGGGGGAGGCGCUCCGCCGCAAGCUACACCAGCUGGUCGAUAUAUUCAUCUCCAGUAAGCGCGUGGUGGCGUUCACGGGAGCAGGCAUCUCCACUGCAGCAGGCGUGCCGGACUUCCGAGGGCCCUCGGGCAUAUGGACGCUGCAGAGGCAGGGGCAGAGCCUGCCGAGCAGCAUGAAGGCGUUUGGGGAUGCAGUGCCGUCGCUCACACACAUGGCGCUGCUGCACCUGCUCAGACUCGGUCGCGUGCACUGCAUCAUCAGCCAGAACGUGGAUGGGUUGCAUGCGCGCUCGGGGGUGCCGCGCAGCCAUCUGGUGGAGCUGCAUGGCAGCUGCUUCCGAGAGCUCUGCCACCGCUGCGGGGCCGAGUACCAGCGGGCGUUUGAGCUGGAGAGCAUUGGGCAGAAGGCGUCUCGGCGGCGCUGCACGGCAGCAGCGUGCGUGGCGCUGGGCACGGCUCCCCGCCUGCGCGACUCCGUGCUCGACUGGGAGGAUGCACUGCCCCCAUCGGAGCUGCAGCGUGCAGAGGACGAGUGCUCACAGGCCGACCUUGUGCUCUGCCUCGCCACCAGUCUGCAGAUCACCCCAGCGGCCAACCUUCCCCUGCGAGCGCUGCGCAAUGGAGGCCGCAUCGUCAUCGUCAACCUCCAGAAAACCCCCAAGGACAAGAAGGCAUCGUUGGUCAUAGCAGCGCGGGUGGACCAAGUCAUGGCUCACCUUAUGUCAAUCCUGCAUCUCACCAUCCCUCCCUUCCACCGCACCUACUCUCUGCACAUCCGCCACUGCUUAACGCCCAUUCAACCCCAAGGCAAGGGCAAAGGCAAGAAGCACCACGCAGCAGCGCAGCCCUCAGUGUUCACAAAUAGGUGGAAGCUGAGCGUUGCAGUGGAGAGCACUCUGGGGGCCCUCGCACCCCUGCCAUCGCUCGACUGCAUUCACGUCUCUUUCCCUGACAGCUGGCCGUUGGAUGAGCUCACCCUCACAUCUCCACCGUACACGUUCAACAGGACCUUCAAACUGCAGAUGCAGCAGGCGGAAGGAGCAGAGGGAGAGGGUGAGAAGCAGCAGCAGCAAGGCGUGACACCUUCAGGAGCCAUCAGUUUCACGUUCAACUUCUCCCAGGGCUAUGGAUGCGAGCCUAUCACCAUCCAUCACGCCGUCGCUCCUUGUCCUUGUCAAGAGCCAGCACCUGCGGCAACGCAGGGCGAAGAGCAUGCAUUGACAUGCCAUACCACGUCGCCACCACCACCGAUUCCCAUGCCACUUGCUGCACCAGGGAGGGAACACGCAGGGCAACAAGGGGCACAGGGGCAUAGCAGCAGCGGUAACCACAUGGAGCUUGGCAGCUUGGAACCAAGCCUACAUGCCUCUCCACCAGCAAGCUCCGCGCAGGCGUGCAACAGUCACUUGGACGAUCCGGAGCAGGUUUCAGGAUUGCAGAAAGGGACGGGUCCUACGUGGCAUGUCGUGGGCUAUGAGAUGCUGACAGCUGUUGUUAGAUACACAGUCAGCAAGGCUGCGGUUGGGAUAGCGCCCAGUGGGGUGGGUGAAGGGGAGGGGCGAGGUGGUGUGGGCGAGGGCGACAAAGAGGAGGAUGAGGAGAAAAGGGUUGGAAGGGCGGGCGUGAGUGGGGAUCGGAAGAGGAGAGGAGUGAGGAGUGCAAGAGGGGCAAAGAGAGGGAGAGGGAGAGGAAGAGUGGGAGGUGGAGGAGUAGAUUUGAAUGGAGUGAAGGUAGAGGGUGAUGGGAUGGGGGGGGAGGGGUGCAAGGAUGAGCCCGAAAAUCCAGGAUUGUAA